GUGAAGUUUUCAGUUUUCCAGUGUUUUUCUCCGUACGCGUAUCGGGAUUUUGUCGCGAGUUUUUCGGCCGAUAAUCGUGGAAAUUUGCGACCGAAUCAUUUGGUUUUGAUUUUCCGGUUUGGUUCGUCGGUUGAGGAUCAUGUGCUAGCGUUCGCCGGGCGCGCGCGGUUUCGAUUUUUCCGGAGAACAAUAUUCAAGCGUCUCUAGCGUACUUGCGCCACCCGAGGAAGUGCGCGAUGAUUUUGGACGAGAUAAACAUUUCCACCCAGGAGCUGCAAGCGUUGGCUUUGCUCGAUAGCCGCCAAUAUGGAUUCCUCAAGCUGUCAGCACCGGAAAAUGAGAAGAAAAAGGUUCUAGUGCUGAAGGCUGUCAAGUACCUGGAGCGAAUGCUAAUUCAAGCUCAGAACCAAAAAGAGCAGCAAUCCAGCAAAGCGUCCCCACCGGAACUGGACGGUGACAAAGCAUCUCCGGACCCGUCGUCGGAUCCGGAUGUGAAAAUUAAAACCGAGAACAAUGCUUCCGGUGGUGAUGCCAUCGAGGCGAUGGCGGUGGAUGAAAAUCUUCCCGCGGACAUUAUGUCGUCCGACGUGGACGUGGAAAUGAAGGACCUGUCGUCGGUGACGAAAGUGGUCAAGACCGAAUCGGGUGAAGAGAGUGGUUCGAAAGUGAAGGGAAAAAGUGGGGGUGAUGGUGGUGAUUUGGACACCGCGGGGGGAGGGAUGGACUCAGUGGACGGUGGUGGUGACUUGACAGUGGCAGCAGUGAAAGAUAUCAAUAUCGACCCGAAGACGUACUGCAAGCUGGGUCAUUUCCACCUGUUGCUGGAGGAUUACGAGAAAGCUCUGUCGGCCUAUCAGAAGUUCUACUCGUUGAAAAGUGACCACUGGAAGGAUCCGGCGUUUCUGUACGGCAUGGGGCUCGUGUACUUCCACUACAAUGCAUUCCGAUGGUAAGUGCAGACAAUUUAUAUUCUUUUUGUGAGGGGAACAUUCAA